AUGGCCCCGUCCAUACUGUCCAAACAGAGCCCGAUCAUCAUUGUCGGGGCGGGUUGCUUUGGUCUCUCAAGUGCACUGUACCUGGCGCAGGCAGGAUACGUAGGCAUCACAGUAUAUGACAAACAGCCUUACGAUGAAAAUGCCUACUCUACCACCGACGGGGCAGACGCAGCCAGCGCGGACUUCAACAAGGUCAUGCGCAUGAGCUACGGAGAAGAGAUCGAGUAUCAGCGCCUAGCCUGGGAUGCCAUCCAGAUCUGGAACGUUUGGAACAAGCAGAUUCAGUCCUCGCCGGCUCAGGACUUGCCCCGUGGUCUCGAGCCGUCGGACCGGGUGUGGAACAACUGCGGGUUCCUGCGCAUGAGCACCGACGGCCAGCUGAGCCAGUUUGAGCAGACGACCCUGAGAAACAUCACGCGGGAAGGCUUGCGCUCCACUCAAUUCGUCGUUGGAGACCCGGAGGACGAGAAGAGGGUGCCCUUUUACUUCAAAGACGGCGAGUGGGAACGCAAAUCGGACCCUUUUCUCCGCAAGCUCCAGGGCAAGAGCCUCGCUGGUGUAUUUGACACGACGGCCGGCUUUGUCGAUGCCAGCAAGGCCUGUACCUGGGCGAUGCAUCUGUGCCGGCAGCUAGGCGUCAGUUUUGUGCUUGGCGAAGAGAGUGGCCAAGUCUCUUCCUUCAUCAGGUCUCCAGGCGGCCAUACCACUCUUGGCAUACGGACAGCGGAUGGUAAAGAACAUCGUUCUGAACUUCUCAUACUGGCGGCCGGCCCUUGGACGCCGUACCUGUUCCCCUCGAUCGCGCCCCUGAUGGAGACAACAGCAGGAAGCGUCGUCUACUUCCAGUUGCCGCCGCAGAGCGAGGCCCCGUACCUCUGGGAGCGCUUCUCGCCCGAGAACUUCCCAGUCUACGCCUACGGGGGCUGGACCAAGGGGCUCGGCAUCGGCGGCUUCCCGCGCACCGAGGACGGCGUCGUCAAGAUCGGCUACCGCGGCGCCAAGUACACCAACUACGAGGACGUCGCGGACCCGAUGACGGGGGCCCGGCACCGGAUCAGCGUGCCCAAGACCAGGUACUGGCCCGAGCCGUCCGAGCCCGCCGUCACCAAGCAGGCCGUGGAGGCGAUCAAGAGCGUCGUGCGCGAGGCGCUGCCCGAGCUGGCGGAGCUCGGGAUCGCGGGCUGCCGGAACUGCUGGUACACCGACAGCCUGGACACCAGCUUCGUGAUCGACCGCGUACCUGGGGACGAGGGCAUGAUGGUGUGUUCGGGCGGCUCGGGCCACGGCUUCAAGUUCCUCCCCGUGCUCGGCCGAGAGGUCGUCAAGAUCAUCGAGAAGCCCGGCGAGAAGAAUGCCAUUGCGAGGCUCUGGCAGUGGCGGACCAGGUCGAGUGGUCCACGCAACGGGCUCGAACAGGGGGAGGCCGGGCCGCGGAACUGGAAGAAGCAAGAGAUGGCGACCAAGAGUGACUGGACAUUUGAUGACAACAAGGCCAAGCUUUAG